AUGGCCAUCUUUUUUCAUGUCUUUUUAAACCCCUCUCUUUUCUUCUCACACAUAUCCCAUACACACAAACACACACAAUUUCUCAUUCAAUUCCUUCUCCCACCCACCCAUACUUGUCUAAAUGGGUGCUCUUCCCCAUUUUGAACCAAUCUCAAAAUAUAACAAAGAGAUUAAUAGAUCAAAUCAAACAAUUGCAUCUGAUUUAGAUGGAACACUCUUAAUAUCAACAAGUUCAUUUCCUUAUUUCUUUCUUAUUGCCUUAGAAGCUGGUAGCCUUAUAAGGGCAUUACUACUUCUAUUAUUUGUUCCAAUUGUCUACUUUAUUUACAUACUCAUCUCAGAAUCUAUUGCAAUUGAAACCUUAAUCUUCAUAUCCUUUGCUGGAUUAAAGAUUAAAGACAUCGAAAUCGUGUCUAGGGCUGUUUUACCUAAGUUUUAUUCUGAGGAUGUACAUCCACAUACUUGGAAAAUCUUCAAUUCUUUUGGGAAGAGAUAUAUUGUAACCGCGAAUCCAAGAAUUAUGGUUGAACAUUUUGCCAAGCACUUCUUAGGUGUUGAUAAAGUUCUUGGAACAGAAUUACAAGUUUCUAAAUCUGGACGUGCAACUGGAUUUGUAACAAAACCUGGUGUUCUUGUUGGACAACAUAAAAGGGAUACUCUUAUUAAGGAAUUUGGAACAAAUGUACCUGAUUUAGGUCUUGGAGAUAGAGAGACUGAUCACGACUUCAUGUCCAUAUGCAAGGAGGGGUACAUGGUCCCAAGAUCAAAAAUAGAACCCCUAGCAAGAAAUAAACUAUUAAGUCCAGUUAUUUUCCAUGACGGUCGUUUUGUACAAAGGCCUACACCACUUAUGGCACUCUUAACUUUCUUAUGGAUGCCAAUAGGCAUAAUUCUGUCAAUUCUUAGAGUAUAUCUUGAUAUACCUUUACCAGAAAAAAUUGUCAGAUACACUUAUAUUAUCCUUGGUAUUAAACUUAUUGUCAAAGGUACACCCCCACCACCCCCUAAAAAUGGCCAACGUGGUGUACUUUUUGUGUGUAACCAUAGAACUAUACUAGACCCCGUUGUCACAGCUGUUGCACUAGGUAGAAAAAUAAGCUGUGUUACAUAUAGUAUUAGUAAAUUUUCCGAGAUGAUAUCGCCGAUAAAAGCCGUAGCGUUAUCUCGAGAGAGGGAAAAAGAUGCAGCUCAUAUUAAGCAAUUGCUUGAAGAAGGUGAUUUGGUUAUAUGUCCUGAAGGUACAACAUGUAGGGAACCUUUUUUAUUGAGAUUUAGUGCACUUUUUGCUGAAUUGACUGAUAGAAUUGUACCAGUGGCAAUUAACACAAAACAAAGUGUGUUUAAUGGGACAACUGUUAGAGGUUACAAAGUAUUGGAUCCUUAUUUUGUUUUCAUGAAUCCAAGGCCAACUUAUGAGAUUACUUUCUUGAAUCAACUCCCUCCUGAACUUAAUUGUACCAACGGAGGGAAAUCUGCGAUUGAAGUUGCUAAUUAUAUUCAGAAGGUACUUGGUGGUACGUUGGGGUUCGAGUGUACUAAUUUGACAAGGAGGGACAAGUAUGCCGUAUUAGCUGGAACUGAUGGUCGUGUUCCAGUAAAGGAGAAGGACAAGGAGAAGGAGGAGAAGUAAUAAAUGGAUUAGUAGUAUGUAAUGGAUUGUUUUUUUUUCUACUUUCUUUUUUGCAUUUUUCCUAUGUGUAAUGUAAUUAUCAGUCUUCAUCAAGGAAAAGGAACAAAAGAUUGGAAAGGAAAACAUUAAAAAAGAAACAAGGGAAUUGCUUAUAUUGUGAUAUUCAUGUAUGAUGAUGAUCGAUGAUUUUUAUCAAUAAAAUGGUUAAUAUGUAUAUUAUUUUGA